AGAGGAAGGAGGGACAAAAGCCGGGCGACCACACGCGUGCGCGCUGCGAGCCGCAUUACGUCAGCGUCAGCUGUCAGCCCCGCGAAGUCGAGCCGCUGCCGAGGAGAGGCAGGAGACCGGCUGCCAGUUCCGGGGCGGGUCUAUGAAGGGAGGCGGGUUCCUGAGAGGACAACUGGCCAGCUGCGCGAAGGAGUUCAUCCCCCUCCUGUUUUCCCCCUCCCGGUUCUUUAUUUUGUAUCGUUUCUCUCCGGCAAGAGAGAGAGAGCCUGAGAGGAGCGCCGCAGCUCCAGGCGAGCCUUACGGGGAGGGGGGGUGUCACCCAUUAUCUCCUUUUAUCCCGUGUUGACUUUCUGGGUGAAGGAGUGUUAUAAGACUAUAUCUCAUGGAUGGAGUAUAGCUCAUGGAAGAUAAAAACCACAUUAGAACAUCCUUGGGUUCCAGGUUACCAAAGUAUGGAACGAAACCUGCUGGGAAUAUUCUGCAGACCGUUCCAAAUGGAACAGCUCUUAAUUUAUCAGGGAAUACUCAGAGCAUUGACAAAAAUUUCAGCAAGCACAAUGGCGCUGUUACUAUGUCUUCCUUCUCUUUUAACUGGCGAAAAUCAAGUAAAUGCCAACUGGGAGAUCAGAUCAGUAGUGAAUCUAGCACUUGUCACAAUUCCAGUGAAAGAUUGACUGAUUCUGAAAAAUGCCCUCAGUCUGAAGGAGCUGUUGGUAAAGACGUGCUAAGGGUGGGUUCAAAUAGCGCCUUUUCAAAAAGUACAAAACAAAGCAACAUGUUUGUUCCACCUACAGAAGAAUUAAACCAAAAGUCUCUGCCCGGGCUGUCUAGUUCAACUAAGUUUACCAAAAGCAAUUUAUUAGGUAGAACUUCUUAUUCUGGACUUAAUGUUCCAAAAUCACACUUGAAUGGAAUUUGUGGGAGCCGGUCAACUAUAGGCUUCCAGAGGAGUAGAGGAAAUGCUACUGCUACCCGGAGCAGCUCAGGGGAGAAUCUAGCAAAAUCAACAGAAAGUAUAAAAUCUUGUGAAAAAAUGGUUAGGUCGCAAAGCUUUUCACAUUCCAUUCAAAGCUCUCUCUUGCCCCCUGCAUCCCUAACCAGGUCACACUCUUUUAACAGAGCUGUAGAUCUUACAAGGCCUUAUCAAAAUCAACAUCUCGCUAUUAGAACAUCUCAAAGAUCAAAUCUGUUGUCAAGAAGUGCACGGCAGAUGGAUAUGCCCAAUGGUAAUGAACCUUUAAGAUAUGGAUUUGCUAGAACAUAUGCUGCUUUACCACCCUCUGGGUUAAAGAAACAUACACUGUCAAAUGGUUCUGGAGAUGCAACUUCUCUGAGGUUUAGAACAGGCCGUCCUUCAUUAUUGAAGCCUAGCAGCCAGCAGUUUUGUAGAAAAAUCCCUGUAGAUGGAAGCAUAGGCAAAGAGACUGGAAACUGCAUAGUAGAAGACUCCGCAUCAACAAAUUUUAAUGGGAGUAAUCAUGGGAAAGGUACACAAGAGAACGAAAGAACAAAAGAUGGUGAAACUGUACACAACGUUGUAGAAAGUAGCUGUACAAUCUGCAUGGAUGGUGAUGUAGAUGAAAUAUCUAUAUCCUCCUUGUCAUCCUCUGAGAAGAAUGAUCUGAGUGAAGACUUUAGUGAUGAUUUCAUAGAUCUAGAAGAUCCCAAGAGAACAGUAAAAAUCCAAGAAGAGGAAGUUUCUGUUCAAGAUCUUGAGCAUGAAAAUGGAAUAUCUCUAAAUCGAGUUUCAUCUCUCAAGGAAAGUGAAAAAUCCAACUGUAAUGCUGAUGAGUGGCUGGAUAUACAUAUGUCUGAGGACAAUAGCGAAAGUGCAAAGCAUCCUGCUCGGAGCAAUGUGAUUUCCUCUGACAUGGACUAUCGAGCUGGCUCCUCUUUUGAGCUUUCUCCUUCUGAUAGCUCUGAUGGGACUUAUAUGUGGGAUGAAGAAGGAUUGGAGCCCAUUGGAAAUGUCCAUCCAUGUGGAAGUUAUGAGUCUUCGGAAAUGAAUAGUAUAGAUAUCUUGAAUAACCUUGAUUCAUGUGAUCUUGAAGAUGAUGAUCUUAUGCUUGAUGUUGACUUACCUGAAGAUACACCCUGUGACAAUGUGGAUUGUGAAAAUAUGAACCAUUAUGAGCGACCAGACAGAAAUAUCAGACAGCAGAAGGAAGGGUUGUGGAAGCGGGCACCACAGCGAUGGAGCCAAGACCAUUAUCAUCUUGGGCACACUGACCCCUGUGCCCGUAGUAGAAAUGAUCUGAACAGGAGCUGCAACUAUGUGGACUCUCCUCCUCUUGGCCAUAUUGAAGGCUAUGGAGUACCAAGCUUAUACCCACCUCUAAGGAGUUUGCCGGCUAACACUGUGAUGCUGGAUGAAAUGACCCUUCGGCAUAUGGUUCAAGACUGUACAGCUGUAAAAACUCAGCUGUUGAAAAUGAAGAGGAUACUUUACCAGAAUGAUGACAGCGUUUCACUCCAUAAUAUCACUUUCUCAUUGCCUUCAAGUCCAGAACUUCAGGAGCCGGAGCCAAUAUUUAAGAAUGAAGACUUGCUGAAUGAGAUCACACAGCUUAAAGAAGUUUUAAAGAAAAAAGAUGAAACAAUCAAGGCGUUAGAGCAUCAGCUUUCUAUUAGGUGCAACUGCAACAAAGAGAGCAAGAAAUCUGAAGUGGCCGUGUGCGCGUAUGCUGACAAAUACACACAGACUUCUUGGAGGAAAAAUGCUGGUGGGUACUCUGCUCCUUCCUUCUCUCCCUGGCAGGGCUCCUUCCAGGGCAUCCCUCGGACUGUUCCACCGCAACGCAGACAGAGUGAGUCUGGAAAUGCUUGUAAACCUUGUCUUCACAGGAUGCUGCUAUAUUGUGGCAGGCCUCAAGUACUACAGCCUUCCAGCCUCCUUCCCCGUUUCACAGACAUCGCCCAGGGAAAACUAAUAAAAAUGUCACCCAUCGUGGCCCGCAGUGAACAUCCCAGUCAAGACCAACAGAUAAUGGAUGGCCGUGAAUAUCAAAAUGCUGCAGAUGGCUCCGGCACCAAUAACCUAAAUGAACUGAGCACUUUAAAUACACAAUUAUAUGAAGGGAAGUCAGAGAAGAAUGCAAAUUCCACCAAGAAUGUAAAAGGUGGAGAGAAAUCUAAAGAUCUGACCAGUAGAAAAUUCAAUACAUUGCAGUCUCACCUCUCUUCUUCCAAAUCAUCUGCCCAUCUGACUACGCAAGAAAUGCCGACCAAAUUAGUUCUGAAGAACAGUUGCUCGCGGACAAACCAGGCAUCACCGCCAAAGACUUCAAGAGCUGCAAAACCCCCAAAGCAGAACGCAUUAGUGCCUCCUCCGGUAAGUGUUGCAGCAGCAGCAGCAACAGUAGCAGCAACAGCUCCAGAUGGCUCGUUUGUUUCAAAGGAGCCUGACAUUUUGCCAUCCAGUGACCCAGCACCGCUGCAGUCAGCACCCAGUCAGUCUGAGAUGAAUAGCAAGAGCCGGAGAACUUCUAAACUUCGUCCCCCAACAGUUUCCUUUAGGCCCAAGCAGACGACACAUCCAAAAGUCAUGAUACCUCUUAAUCAUCAGAACACCUGCUCACAGACAAACCACUCAAGGCAACUAACACAAGCAAAGGAAAAUAUGCAGAAUGAAGAUAUAAGUGUUCAUUCUGGUGAUGGUGUACCUCCUAAUCGGCAUUCCCGCCUCCCUAAACCAAAGACAUAUUGAAAGUAUGACUUGCACAUGCACAUUUCAGUGUCCUGUAUUGUGAAGCUGCAUAAUCUCAUCCAUUCUUAUCUCGGUCAGGAUUCUUCAGUUAAAGCAUAUAAGCACUGAAUGCUGCAUUUCUUCCCCUGGUACCUAACUAGUCUGUUCUCUCAUAAUUUUGUGCCAUCUAGAGACAUGUGUCAUUCCUUCAAAAUAUGAUUUAUAAAAGUCUGUUGAUAUCCACUGAUUGCAUUGCUUGUAAGUCCCUUUAAAGAUAGCUUGGCUUAAUUGUAAAGUUUGCAAUGACUACUGGUUGCCAGAGUGCUAGACUAUUUGGACAGGUUGCUUGCUGGAAUCCUAUCUAUAUUUGUUUGGAACACUGAGUAAUAAUGGGUGGCUAAGGCUACACUUUUGGUUCUGACUUACUUAAUUAUACGGGAUGAACAAAAUAUACAGAGCUGGCCUUUUUUUUAAUCUUCAUCUGCAGCCAUAAUACUGACUCUGUAUCUCAGAGGCCUAUGCAAAACACACUUAUUUAUAACAACAGAUGACCCAAAACUUUCUUAAGGAUGUAUAUUUAAUGUUUAAACAAGACUUAAUUCUUUUUUUCUUUUGCCAGAAGAAUCCCAAAUUGCUUGUUUGCUUUUUGGAUCUAUAUUCACUGUUCGUUCACAAGUGGCAAACAAAAUUUCACAGGGUGAAAUGGAUCUUAGUUGUAUUUAAAUGUUAAUCUGUUCAUACUGUAGAUAACCUGUGGAAUACAUCUGUGUUCCGCAGUUAUGAUAUUAUAACUGAAAAACAGUUUGUAGGAUAUAUGUCCAAAUCUGUUUUUCAUGCAGGCUGUUUUGGAAUGGCAAGUGAUGUGAUUUUGGUAAUAAUGGAUCCAUGUUAAAGAUUUUCAUAGCACUUCUUUCCUUCGGGGGCAUUAAUGUCAUUGUAACAUUAUUUAUUGCUCUCUGUUGCUCUUGUGAGCCUCUAGAAGCCAACUUCAAAUGUUUGCACAAACUUUGCUAUAAAUGUAGGGAUUAAAAAUUAUUUUUCGUAAUAAAAUAUUGAUUUUUUUAAAGGGGAACUCCCUUUUUAAGCACACAUACACCUUUUUUUAAAAUGUAGAACCUUAAGAAUUGGCAUUCAGUCUUUUGGAAAUUGAGGCGGGAAGUGAUUGUUAAUAAGAAACACUCUGAUAGAUAUUCUGCAUCGGAAUACAUGUAGUCAGAUAUUUAUGGCACUGUGAAGAAUCGAUCUGUAUCCAAAUCUUCAAUAUGUAAUGAAAUGAUUGAUGAAAAAAAAAUGCAUAGCACAGAACCGAAAAAAUUAUUUGCAUGUAAGUUUUAUUUCAAUACCAACUAGAGAACAGCGGUUAGGAAUGCAGUUUCAAGUUUGUGAUAUAUACCAUAGGAGUCAGGUUGUGCCCUUUGUUGAAUAUUAGAUCAAACAGUGAGUUUGAAGGAAAAUAUAUCUGGGUGGAAAAAUUGAGCCAGAGCAUUUGCAGCUUAGAUUUUCUUAAGCCAAGUGUAGCUGCCUCCCUCAGAAGGGAUGCUAAAGAAACUUAAGUUUAUUUGUGAUAGGUCUGACCAAGAGCAUAUUUUACAGUCAACUUUGCAUAUGUCACAUAAAAUGUGCAAGGGCAUGCAGUGAAACAUUCUUGCUUGCUGUUUUCAAUGGGGGAAUACUUCCCCCAUGACAAAUCACAUUCCUGAAGUGGCAUAAAAGUUCAGUUGCUUAAUAAUAUCUAUUGAUGGGAUAACAUGAGGACUGAGUUUUUAAAUGUUGUACAGUUUUCUGCUUAUCUUCUUGUAAACCUUGGGAUGUAGAUGAGCUGCAAACAAAAUUAUCACUUCAUGCUCUUUAAGAGAGGCUGACUAAACACAUCUGGUUUUAUAUUUGAUUUGUCCAUAUAGUUCAGAACACGAGGCUCGCCUACAAAUGUUCCAGUAUCAUUUAAUAUUAAAAAAAACAGUUUGUCUUGAUAAACAUUUUUUGAUUCUAGUUGGAGUAAAGAUGCAAAGAGGGCUCAAUCUUUGAACAACAAAAGAUACAAUGAUCCCAUAUUUUCAUACUGGUUCUCAGUGUUUCUACAGUAUUUAAUCACUUCUGAAACAAUUAUUCUUGGUUUAUAUUUCUGUCUCUUUAGAUACAGGAGAAGAGAGUCUCUGUAUAUGAAAUUUCAGAGUUGAUUUUGCAAAAUCCUAUUAUUUCAUAUUUGUCUUCAUUGUUAAUUCACUUUCAGUCCCACCUUAUAGAGACUUGUCAGACAGUGAGAAAGAAAGAUUGCCACUUCACAAAAAUAUGCUUGGAUGUCAGAAGGCAAGUUAGUAAGUGUGACAUGCUGCUCCUUUUUGAAGAAGCCCCCACUUGCCUAGGACAAACAGUAACACACAAUUUUUAAAGCAUCUUGCAUCACUUUUAAAGCCUACGCUUGUUCCGAUUUUUAGGCAUAAUUAAACAAAUUGUUCAAUCUUUUCUGGAAUUCAUAUUACUAAAAUCAUUAUUAUACUUGUACUCCAUAGGGCACUUAGUGAAAAGUAAGCAUCAGAGACAGUCAUUUUUUCUACUUCUUACAUCGACUUAAGUAUGGUACUUGAUGAAAAUAAACUUAUUUUCCAAAGGUAAUGUUGGCGCACCCUGAUUUUUUUUUUUUUAAUGUCAGACUGGCAAUUAGGCAAAGCUGAGGAUAGCAGAUUGGCAAUUAGUAAGACUGAGAUGGGUGGCCUAAAUGAUGUAUGUGUGCUGUCUCAAACAUAUAAAUUUAGGGUCUGGGAGGAAAUUGGCUAUCAUCACAUAACUUGAGCAAGUUGUCAGGGAUAACUGCCUCUGUACCUCAGACAACUUGACAGCACAAGCUAACACCUGAAGUGAUGGCGUUGACCAGUGCCGAUUGGUUAAUCUUUUUAGGCAUGCCAACUUUCCCUGAGAACAACUAUCAAAGAAAGUUCCAAUGUAUGUUUAGAAAGUACAGAGCUCGAGACGAAGCUUUUGUUUUAACUAAUGAGAGGUUUGACAGAAGGUUCACUGCUGUUUGUAGAAAGUGCUUUGUGCAAUGCCAGGCUUUCAAUGAGACUCCAAUAGAUGGAAGUACAAGUUUCAAGUAAUAAGAACAGAAUUAUUUUAAAUGGCUGUAGUAAAUAGUUGGGAAUUUGAUAAUACUGUAUUUUGGUUUUUUAAAAAACAUUUUAUCCUUUUGGAUUCUUCUACAUUAUGCAAUAAUUCUUAAAGUAUUUAACUGGUCCUCGAACAUCUAUAAUGAAGAUACUGAUCUUUUAACGAUAGAUGCUAAAGUGGAACAAAACUAAUGUGCACUUUACACGAUGAGCUCCAGUGUUUGGAGUAGUGCCUAAAUUUAAUCUACAUGCCUAUGGCUGAUUUAGUAAAACAGUGUUCACUGUGUAUUGACGUUAGGAUUUGGUGGUGGAUGUUUUUAAACCAAUGGAAGCUAACCACAGAUGAUGUAGUUCAUGAAAUGUUUCUAGCCUCUUCUUGUCCCUGUCCACAGCAAUUCACUGUCUCCAGAUAUUGUUUACAGUCAUCUCAAUGCCGUGACUACAAAACUUGGUCCCUCAAAUGUUUGUCCCACUAAGCAUCUGCUUAUAUAAUGUCCACAGUCCACAUAAAUUGUUGAAAAUUUAGGAGCAAUUUGUGCUGAAUCAGAAACCUGUAAAAGCCCACUUCCCAGUACUGAGGAGAAAAUACUCUAUAUUUUGCAAAGCUUUGUCCUUCAAGUUCCUAUAUUUAUAUUUGUUAACAACUCUGUGUGCAAUAUUAACCUCCUCCCUCUCCCAUAAUAGUUGAGUGAAUCAUUUGUGUAAUCAUCAGAUCCUUCAAGUGGUUCCCAGACAAACAUGUGGUAUGUACUCAAAAUCCAGAUGUGAUGAAGCUCAAGUAGACUGCACGUGAAUACUUGGUCUCAGAUACUAUUUUUUUCAAAUGGCAAAUUAGGGUUAACCUAAAUGGCAUUUGUGUUUUGUUUUGUCCUUUGCAUGUUACCCCAUACCAGUUCAUGAAAUCUUUCAUAUACAGGUAGAUGAGCAUGCCUUAGGAUGAAAUAUAUUUAUUUGCUUAGCUGCUAUUUUGGGGGGAAACACAUUCUCAUACCAUUUAAAAUGGUUAUUGGUUUUGGAACGAGGUUUCCAUUUUUGUCUGUCUUUCAUCUUGUUGCAGUGGUUCUCUGAAGAGUGGACAGAGUCCAGGCAAAGGUUAGCACUUUUGAGGCCACUGAUUUUAAAGAGAGAAUUUAGCUUCUCCCUGGCUGCCCUUUAUUGAAAAUUAAUGGGACUUAAAUGUUUAGCACUGGUGGAUCAAUUCCUGUUGAAACAUGAUCAUGGUUGUUGAUGCUGGAUCUAGGCUCUUCUGCAACCAUGGUCUACAAAAAUUCAAAAAUCUGUUAAUCAUUGCUGUGGUACAGCUGCUCACUGCCUACAUAAAUGUCAGAAGCACCACAAUAAAUUACUAUUAAGUACAGUGUUAGUAUUUGUCUUAAAUCCAGUACUAGCUACAAAAGUACCCUUAUUACAUAGUAUUUCUUUUUUUAAAAGAUCUAAAUACUGUAUAUUGGAACCUGCUUGUAAAGAUUAUCUAAAACUUGUAUGUAAAGAUACUUUCUUCAGUGUUGCUUUAGUGAAUAAAAUUAAUAAUUCUGAGCGUC